UAUAUUUUGGAAAAAGUUUUUGCAGAAACUACUACGCGUGGAAAACUAAUUUUCCGCUAUUUAUAAUUAAAUUUUUUAUUAAAAAAAAUCAAAGAAAUAAUUGUGAAAUACACAAAAUAUAAAUAAAACAGAUUAAACGUUAAAAUUAUAAAGUUUUUAACAAAUUGUUAACAAUUUAAGGAAAGCAAUUUAUAAAGCAAAAAGUGAUGAACAUUUCUAUGCUAAACGAGGCAACAGCUGUCACAAAAACAGCAGCAGGAGCAAUUAAUAACAAAUCUAGGCGAUUUGUCAUAAACAGGAAUUAUUAAUGUUUUAAAAUUAAUUUAAUUUAUUUCAUAAUUAUUGAAAAUUUAACUGCUCGAAGAAAACAAAAUGACAACUAAAGAAUCCUUUCGAGAAAGACAAAUGCAAGAAUUAGAGGUUAUAAAGUCAAUAUUCGGUAAUGAUGUAGAAGAUUUACGUCCCUACAAUAGCAGUGCUACACCCUCACAAUGGAAACCCACAGAUAUACGCAUUGAAUUGACACCAUUAAGGGAUUCAUCGAAUGGUUUAACCGAAGCAUAUGUUAAAACAAAACUACAUGUUGUAUGUCCCUCGAAAUAUCCAAAAAUAGCCCCAAAAAUUUCUCUCGAAGAAACUAAAGGCAUUUCCGACCAACUUAUCGAAGAGUUGUUACAACAGCUCCAACAGCAAUCUAAUGAUUUGCGUGGAGAGGUAAUGAUCUACGAAUUAGCCCAAACAGUACAGGCUUUCCUGCUAAAACACAAUAAACCACCUCGCGGCUCGUUCUAUGAUGAAAUGUUACAACAAAAACAGCAAAGGGAACGAGAACUCUUGGAUUUGAAGAUGCAGCGGGAACACAAAGAAAGACAGAAUCUUUUAGAUGAAGUAGAAAGGCGCAAGGAAAUGUUUAAAUCUGAAGCAAAACGUCGUGAACCCAGGCGAAGUAUGAGUGAAUCAAAUCGUCAUGCCAGUUCAUCGGAAAGUUCAGAAAGUUCUUCACCCUUUUACCGUGGCCAUAUAUAUCCCUCUAAAUGUGUGGAGCACAAAAGUAGUGAAACCCUAUAUUUCCACAAAGUGGGACGGCAAAUAAGAAGGGGUUGCUGUAUGGGUCAUUCACAAAAAGGAUGCAUUGCUUAUAAUGGCAUUGAUAUGGACACGGGUCAAUUGUUGUAUAUUACGGAAUGGAAUAUAAAGUAUUCGCAAAUUGAACAACACUGUGGCAAUGGCUCCGGCAAAUGUUUUUGGUUGUCUUCGGAACCAAAAUGUUCUGGUAAUCACCGGGUGGAUGAUGUCAUAGCCUCCAUUGAGAAACAAGUGGCCAGUUUAUCACAAUUGAAUCAUAAGAAUCUCAUACAAUAUGAAUGCGUUUUGUGUAUCAAACGUAAAGAGGGCCUGUUGGUGUACUUGGUGCAGGAUUUUGUUUUGGGCACUAGUGUCUUUAGCAUAUCUUCAUCGCUGGGUUGGUGUAUGGAUGGUGUGAGAGGUGUGGCAAAGGGUGUAAUAGAUGCUUUGGUGUUUCUUCACAAUAAAGGAGUGUCACAUAGCCAUCUUUUAGAUUCCACGGUUUUUAUGGAUAACACUGGUACUAUAAGGGUUACGGAUUUUUCUAUAGUACCCAAUUUACUAGAACUGAUAGGAGGUUCGGGUCAAAGAUCUACUCAGGGAGAUUUACCGGCUCUAGGAGCUUUAGUGGAGAGUUUAAUGAAUACGCCUACGUUUGAAAUGCGGGAUUUUGUGGAUAAAUGCAAUUCUGAUCGCACACUUUCUGCCUCUGAACUCUUGGAACAUCCCUUUUUGCGUAGCUCUUUAUUCACAGCGGAAGAUAAAGAAAAUCAACAUUUAACUUUAGCCUUAUCCGGUCAUGCUCAUCAGGCUGCAGUUUCUCUCAAUCCAAAGCAAAGAGCUUUAGCAGUACCCUCCACCCCACAGACCAUAGCACCUUUCACUAUACCAUCACUGCCAUCUUCGCAAUCACGUUUACGCACUGAAUUCGAAGUUCUUAUGUAUUUGGGCAAAGGUGCCUUUGGUGAUGUGCUAAAAGUACGCAACAUUCUAGAUAAUCGGGAAUAUGCUAUUAAACGUAUUCCCCUACCGGCUCGCAGUAGACAACUGUAUAAGAAAAUGACUCGAGAAGUGGAAUUACUAUCACGUUUAAAUCAUGAAAAUGUCGUACGUUACUUUAAUAGUUGGAUAGAAAGUUGCAGUGAUGCGGAUAUUAAGGAAAUGGAUGAAUUAAUGUCGGGCGACUGGUCCAUAAGUCAUCAUGAUAGUGUUAAAAGGCCAAAAUCUCCACAGGUGACCUUAAAUGGCGCCGAAACUGAAACUGAUUCUAGCAGUUUAUGGAAUAGUUAUUUACCUCACCUAGACGAUUCGGAUUCAGAUGGCAUUGAGUUUGUUGACUCAAAUGGUGAGGUUGCUGUAUACGAUGAAGAUGAUGACGAUGAAAAUGGUUCAGAAUUAUCGUCUAAAAUUAGCUCCCCUAAACCUUUAAUACAAAUUAUGUACAUUCAAAUGGAAUUCUGUGAAAAAUGUACUUUACGCACCGCUAUAGAUGAUAAUCUUUAUCAAAAUUCCGAUCGUUUAUGGCGACUAUUUCGUGAGAUAGCCGAAGGUCUAUCUCACAUACACCAACAAGGCAUUAUACAUCGAGAUUUGAAACCGGUUAAUAUAUUUUUGGAUUCUCAUGAUCAAAUAAAAAUUGGAGAUUUUGGAUUAGCCACCACUAGUUUUUUGGCUUUACAAGCCAAUUCUGAACAACAUAAUAAUCAUAAUCAUAAUUCACAUAUAACAUCAACGGAAGAUGGCACGGGUACGGGAAAAGUUGGCACUACUUUGUAUGUGGCUCCUGAAUUGACGGGUAAUGCUUCAAAGUCCACCUAUAAUCAAAAGGUUGAUAUGUAUACGUUGGGCAUUAUAUUAUUUGAAAUGUGUAAUCCACCAUUUGGUACGGGCAUGGAAAGAGCAGAAACUAUUAUAAAUUUAAGAAAUGCCAGUAUUAUUUUUCCGGAGAAUAUGUUGAAAAAUAAUAAAUACGAGAAGACUGUAAAGCUUAUACGCUGGCUUUUGAAUCACGACCCCGCUCAACGUCCCACAGCCGAAGAACUUUUAGCUUCAGAUCUUGUUCCGCCCGCUCAACUAGAGGCUAGUGAGCUUCAAGAAAUGCUAAAAAAUGCUUUAGCUAAUCCCCAGAGUAAAGCCUACAAACAUAUAGUAGCACGUUGUUUGCAACAGGAAAGCGAUGAAAUACUUGAACAUACCUACCACAUGGGUGGUAGUCGUGCCAUGAAAUCUUGGAAUACACCCAUCGUACUAGACAGUUUGGUAACACUUAGUCCGCUAAUCGAGUUUGUUAAGGGAAAAAUAGUAUCACUGUUUCGUAAACAUGGCGCCAUAGAAGUGGACACACCCUUGUUAUCACCCCUAACCAAACAUACCAACAAUUGGGUAAAUCAUGUACGCCUUAUGACUCAUUCCGGUUGUGUAGUGGUCUUGCCCAGCGAUUUAAGAACGGAGUUUGCCCGUCAUAUAGCCAUGAGUGGAGUGAAUAUGAUUAGACGUUAUUGUGUGGAUCGUGUUUAUCGUGAGGAGAAAGUCUUUAACUUUCAUCCUAAACAAAAUUAUGAGUGUGCUUUCGAUAUAAUAUCACCCCAUUCUGCUAGUCAUUUGGUAGAUGCCGAGCUUUUGUCUUUAGCCUAUGAAAUUGCCUCGGAGAUACCCAAUCCUAGAGAGAAGAAUGUUAUGAUACGCAUGAAUCAUACAAAUCUUUUAAGAGCGAUUUUAUUGUACUGUAAUGUACCCAAGGAUAUGUAUGGUGAUUUAUUUGGCAAUAUAUUGGAUUAUAUUGAGGGUAGAAUAUCGAAAUUUCAAUUCUAUUCAAGUGUUAAUGUUAUAAUGGACAAGACUAGAACUUCAGCUACUGCUUUAAUAGAUUUACUACUGGCCACCUUUCAAAUGAGUGGCAAAAAUAGUGCCGAUGAUUCGUCUUUGAAGUCGUUGGUGCGCGGCAAGGGUGAGGCCGCUUCUUUGGCUAAGGGAGCUCUAAGAGAAAUGGAAUCUAUAGUUUUGCUGGCACAAAGUUUGGGUGUUAAAUGUCCCAUACACAUUUUUGCCGGCUUGCCCAUAAGUUUUGAACGUGCCACUUCGGGUGGUAUAGUCUGGCAAAUGAUUGCUGACCUAAAGCCUAAUCGUACUUCUAGACCUUCGGUUUUAGCGGUGGGAGAACGUUAUGACAGCAUGCUUAUGGAAUUUCAAAAACAAGCCCAAGGUUUUAAUCCUAAUUUACCAAAUCGUGGUAUAAGUGGUGCUGGCUUAUCGUUUUCACUCGACAAACUAGUGGCUGCCAUCUUUUCAGAAGAUUCACAAAAAUGUCGCACCAUAGAUGUGGGAGUGUGCGUUAGCGGAUCAAGGCCACCCCUAAAAGAUGUCACUUACAUUAUGCGUUUGCUAUGGUCAGCGGGCAUACGUUGCAGUUUCCUAGAAUCCAUUACCGGCAGUAGUGAUGAACCUCAAGAUCUGGCUAAAUUGGGAGCAAAUCAUGUUAUAUUGGUAGCCGAAAAUGGAGCAUUACGUAUACGCUCUUGGGAGCGUGAACGUUUUCAAGAGAGACAUGUUACUCGUACUGAACUAGUGGAUUUUAUACAAAAAAUGCCACGUUCAUCGGAUGUGUCAUUAAAUUCUACGAAUGAGAUUUAUUCACAGCCAGCUAAUACAAGUUAUUAUGGCGGUAGCUAUGGCAGUGGCGGUGGGGGAGGUAAUUGUGGCAGUGGUAGGGGAGAUUAUGGUCUGAGUACAUCUGCUUCGAGUACAAGUAUUAAGAAUACUUAUAAUUCGAGUAGUUUGAGUAAUUUGCCAAAUGUUCAGGUUCAGUUUUUGACACACGAUAAAAUGACUGCCAAUUAUCGAAGGCGUUUGGAAAAUCAGGUCACACAACAAAUGUCUUCGACUUUGGCACAAUUCGUACGAAAUGAAAGCAUUGUGGUGCUGGUAGUAGAAUUAUCGCAUUCCACCCUAAAUGCUAUAGUGGGUGCCAUAAAUCCGCGUGGUAUUGGACAUAAAGAGACUGACCAGGAAAUUAAUACGGUUAUAGAUAGAUUUCCCAAACACCGACGUUAUAUCACCGAAAUAUGUGAUGAAAUUGUUGAUUAUUUAACAGAUGCUAAAAUAACUAUAGUGGCCUUAUAUAGUAUAACCGAUUCAUAUUAUCGUGUCAUAAUCUGAAUAAAGACAGCUCGCAGAAUUAGUUUGGAAUCACAGUUGGAAAUCGUAAGAAUAGGAAAGCACUAUAAACGAACAUAUGCUGAAGAACACGUUAGAGAUUUAUAUAUGUUUCAUUUUUUUUUUAUUUUCAAUUCAAUAUUAAUAUUAAAAAAUGCUUCCUAUCUAAAUGUUUAAGUCGUAAUAUUUCAUUAUUAUUUAUGAAAGAAUUUAAAUUCUUAAGAAAAUAUCAAUAACGGUUUUGAUAUACAUUUAACAAGAGUAAUUGUUAUUUUGUUAAUUAUUUUAAUAUGAGAGAAGAAAUGCGAAUAAAAACAUAUUGAGAAUUAUUAUUUUCAAAUAUUUAUUUAAAUAAAACCAA